CCUGCUAAACUGGCGAUGCCUACGACACACAAGCAGCAGCAGCAGGAGAAACAACCUUCAGAGAAAGCCCCGGAGAAUGCUGCCCAGGAUGUCCCCGAUGUCCCAGCGGAGCAACGCACGCGUUCAGGAAGGGUUGUGAAACCGCCUGUACGUUUUCAAUAGUUUUAUUAUCCAGGACAGUGACAUUUUGUUAGUGUAUUUUUUUAAAUUUUUGAAAGAGGAGAUGUAACGAUAUCCGGUUUAUACAACUUCCGGUGACGUCACACACCACGUGCGUAGACACGCUUGUACGAGUUUCGUAGACUUGUAGUUGUUGUUCUUUGGGAUAAAGAAUAUAGUCGUCUCAUAUGUCUCGGUGUUCUUUCUUCGUUCUUCAUCGUUCCUUCAGCUAAGAAACGAUACAAUCCCCUUCCUUAUCCCCACAUUAACAUCUACACUACAUUACCGCGAUAAUAUACCGUACACACACAACACAGAUACCCCCUUCAACUAAUCUUCUUUACACACUACCUAUAUACUUAUAUCUUUCUCUACCUUUCUCUUAGCCCUUUUUAGUCUACACCAUAAACAAAUCACCUUUAGCAUCAUGCCAUCCAAAAAAACCACCCGAUGUUGAUGAUAUCACACCUGGGCAGCCUCCCCUUUUUGUCCCCUGCGAAAAAGAAUGGAUACCACGAAGUCAUGUCCAUAUGUUUAUUUAUUAUCAUACAGAAAAUACUUUGAAAAGAUAGUCCGUCAGUCCGCGUCCGGAUCCUCACAAUAUGCACACCCCGAAUAACAUCAAGUAUCACGCUCCGACGAACUGAUAAGUAAGCAUUAAACAUUUUGUGUUCGCGGUAAACUAACAAAAGUUAUUAUUGCACUUUGACCUGCCCCAGCAAAAGGCAAUGAAAAGGGUCUAAGAUAAAACACAUCGAAGAAAAUGUUAAGCGACAGUAAGUUUGACUCAUAGAAAAACUCCGCAGGAGACAACAUUCCCUAUUAUAGGGUCGAUGCUAAAAUCAUCGCGUUACCUUUCUCAUAAAUACCUCAGUAUCGAUAGCACUUGACAACAAACAAACACAUCAUUAGAAAGUGCUAACUCCAGAAUCUCUUUUAUUAAAAACUUUGGCGAUUUGUUUGCAUAAGAUUUACACCUGUGACAGUAGAAGCUUUGCUUCUGGCUUGAUCUUAGACAUUAGCGAUCUUAAAUUACAUAAUAAGACGGCAUAUAGGAAACGCAGAAGCUUUCAUUUUCUAGAGCUUUAAAAUGCAGGGUUUCCUGUGAUCCAAUAUAAGGCUACAUUACAGAAAAUACGCGUCGUUUUCACACAUCAGUAAAGUCCGCCUAUCGUCGAUACAUGGAUGAAGUGUAAUUGGUCCAACGAUGCAUUUAGAAAAUUGCAGGUGCAAGCGACUCAGAUAAGAAUGCUAAAAGCCUUGGACAAAGCCAAAAUUAUUCAAAAUAGCGUACUUGGACACACGUUAAACUCCAUAGAGAAAAGGGCUUAGGAGGGGCAUCAUGGGUCACGCUGUGUCAAAGUCAUCACGGGGCGCGGAGAGUUUUUAUGAUAUCAGUUCUGAAGUUAAUACUGAGCAACGCGCUGCACCUUCCGGAUCUGAUCAUUCGCAUAUUCUGCUGACCCCUGAAUCACUGAAAAAGCAGCUUGAAUCGGCAAAGAGCUGGCCCGGCGUCUAUGGCACUGUGUUGGGAUCAGAAUUCAGCGCUGCAGCACAGCAGCUUUUUACUUUGGCGACGAAUAUCAUGACUGAGUUGUCAAACGGCGGCAAGUAUUACCAGGCGGAGGAAAUAGCAGACAGUGUGGUCGGACUAGUGAAGUCAUGGGGCCCGCAUGUGUCCGAGUGUCUCAAAAUCCGUUCAUAUGUCAGGGAGGUGAUUCCAGUACAAAUGGCUGACGCCUCGUAUGAAGUAUACGCCGGGGAAUACUUCAGCCCAGUACCAUUUUACGAGGAUAACCAUCUGCUCAAAUUAUUCUACUUUCACGUGAAAGACACGUGCUAUAAGCGUCGCGUUAUUUCUUAUUAUCUGGAGUGUAGCAGUGUCGUACAGGCGCUGUUUGUGUUGGGUUUCGUGGUGACUGAUCGACACGUGCAAGUUGUCUCGUAUGACCGAACCAAGCCUUCGUACUGGGUCGUCAGACAGGACGUACUGAACGAUUGUCAAACAAGAAUAAACAGCCUAGCGAUAUCGCAUCAAGGCAAUAACGAAUAGCACAUCGGGGAGGGGGAGCUUAUUUCAUUUCUGUGGAAAAUACCAGCUUCUGAAUCGAUUGAGAACAAAAAUUUGCGCACAUAGGACAUAGGUACAGUAUCAAGAAGUUGUGAUAAUACGUAGACCACACUCGGAGAAUGUCAAGAAGUUGUGAUAAUACGUAGACCACACUCGGAGAAUGUCAAGAAGUUGUGAUAAUACGUAGACCACACUCGGAGAAUGUCAACAAGGUGUGAUAAUACGUAGACCACACUCGGAGAAUGUCAACAAGUUGUGAUAAUACGUAGACCACACUCGGAGAAUGUUAAGAAGUUGUGAUAAUACGUAGACCACACUCGGAGAAUGUCAAGAAGUUGUGAUAAUACGUAGACCACACUCGGAGAAUGUCAAGGUGUCAAGGGGGUGCAUAAAUAGUCAUGUGAGGUAUGACGUCAUCGAAGUGUGGCUGCCCGACGAUGUGAUGAGUAUUUUCGUUUUAAUGACUGUAUUACAAUGACGUCAUCGAUGACGUCACACCUCACAUGACUGUUUAUGCACCCCCCUUGAUACCUACAUGACAUUCUCCAAGUGUGGUUUUCCGACAAUGUUUCCAUCCCGAGAUAUGAGUAUUUUCGUUCUUAGUUAAAUUUAUGGUUAUUACAUUAAGCGUCGAGUGUUCUUAAAUUAAGCGUUAAGUCCGUUAUUACAGUAAGCGUUGUAGUUUUUUUUAAGCCGACAAACUGCAGUUCUACGACGAAUGAAAAAGAUGCUCCCACAGGACAUACAUCAGUCCUGUACCCAGGGGGGUGCAGGGGUGCGAACGCACGUCUCAAUAGACGUGCUAUUUGUAGACAAAACUAAGAAUAAUAAACUAGAUCCCUCUUGUAUGUAA